UCCACACACCCCUGAAGGGUGUGAGUGUGACAGAGAACGAGAGGGAGGGGUAGCGUGUUUCAUAGUCAAUUCUCAAGCCCUCUGAAUAAUCGCAUUGCCUUCGAACGGAGAACUGGAGGCGGACGAGCUUCGCACUUACUGAGAGACACCAAGGCCAUCGUCUACAGCCACACUGCAGCAGAUUGGAGGCUACCGACGCCAGCAUAGAGACCCCCCCAUUCAUCAAUGGAAGCGACGGUCAUCUCGGCAUAGGCGGAUCGUAAUUUAGUGGGAAAGAGGCGGUUGAAGAGCCCGCUAAACAAGCCCUGCUGUUCUUCUUAUCUUGUAUUUCCAUUUAUCUAAUUACGGUCCGGGUGGAGACUUGUUUUCGGCGCCUUGUUUUUAGAUCCACAGCAAGCGAGGCACCCACUGGUCUGACUGCACCUGGCGCUUCAGACCCAGCACGACUGGAUUUCAAAACGAAACACGGUUUCACGCGCAACCGUGGAGGGACUGCAGAAGCGAAGGAGGAGACGGGGAGAGGUUUGUUGUGGAGCAGGUUAAGCGUUGGGUUUUGGCCAGAAAACCGUGCCCAGCCAAAGCUCUCCUGUGUGAAAGCUUCAUUUAACGAUUCAACGAACACCGCGCUCCGGUUCUGUUUUUUUUUUACCCUGGCUCAAUCGUGAUUUGGCAAAUGGGUUAAUUUUUCCCCCAUACAAGAACGUAGGCUACUACUGCAAGGAGCAAACAUUGCGUACGCGUUGUAGGUUGUAGGCUAUAAUGUAGAGUCAAACGUGCCUGAAGUUUCUACAGACAUCUUUAGUUUACAAUCAAUCAUCAUCGAUACAAGGCCUUGAAGCGGGACACAUCAAAAUGCCGGCCGGAAUGAAGCCUCUUGAAAAGUUUUUGAAGAAACAGACCACUGCUCUCACCAGAGCCGGUGGCUUCGGGGACAAGGCGACCGGUACGAGUGCAUCUCGGCGCCGAGCCAGUCUUUCCCGUGUCGUUCCGUUUUUCAGGGAGACCUCACCAGAGGGCGGCCCGGCCAGAGAGGUGUUUAGUCCGGAUUCGGAGGAACCGCCGUGCUGGCCGUCGGCCACCGCCGACAUCCGGAGCCCCUCACUGUCCAGUGAUGAGCAGAGUUCCGAAGCGAGUCUGGAAACGAGCUGGACCCCGCUGCCCGCGGACACACCGGACAACGUCGCUCUAGCGCUGCUGGACAGCGUUGCGGGGAAACGAUACGGCAACUGUACAGGUAAACAGACCUUCUCAGCAAGAAUAUAUUUGGGUCCGGGAGCGUUGCCCCUGGCGACCCUUCAGAUAGCUGACACGUUUACGGUCUGGCUCAACCUGUUUCCCCCGAAAACGGACUCCGGGGCCACAGGAAGGCUGCAGGUGGGAGGAGUGGCUGGCAUCUGUCUCGGCAUCAACCGCUAUCAGUGCGUGUGUCAGGGUCUGCCUGGGAAGUUCCGGAAGCAGUUCCAGCAAUUUGAGAGCAUCGCGGAUCCCUCCCGGAACCACAAGUCCUACAGGGACCUGAUGUCCAGCCUGCGGCCGCCCCUCAUCCCGUUCACCCCUCUGCUGCUCAAAGACCUGACAUUUCUCCAUGAGAGCUGUAAGACCUUCCAUGGGGAACUGGUCAACUUUGAGAAGAUGCAUAAAGUUGCAGAGAUGGUGAGAACUAUCCGACGGUACAGGAGUUCUCAGCUAGUCACGGAAGCUGAACCGUCUCCCUCCCACCUCCAGACCAAGGCUUACAUCCGCCAGCUGCAGGUGAUCGACAAUCAGAACCUGCUGUUCGACAUGUCCUGCAAACUGGAGCCCAAAGACAUGUGAGAGACGGGGGUGAGGGAUGGAGAGAUGGACCCCGAGACGGGAGGAUUCAAACUCAACAACAACCGGUCCUUCUUGCACCUCCCACUUCUUAUUGGACGAGUUGUCUGUCAGUGUCACCAGCCAGUGAUUAAGACCCUCUGGGACUAACUGACACGGUGGAAUUCUGUGGUUGUAGGACUCUGCUAUUGGUCAUCCGUAAAUAAGGUGGGGUUCAAGAACGUGUGAAGAACUGAUUGGACGGUAAUUCGAGGAUGUGGAUAAACAACUGGGCCUGCUGUUUACUUGACUCAACCUGUCUCUCGACAACCACUCAUGCCGUCAGCUGUGUCGCGAAUUCUUCCCAGUUCUCACUGCCACCAAAGCCCCCUCUCUCUCUCUCUCUCUCUCUCUCUCUCUCUCUCUCUCUC